AUGACUGGAUCAGAAAUAGAAAUAGGCAGAUUCUGGACCUCGUUGAGCAUUCCUGGGCCCCAUCCAGGCGAGAAGGAGGCAUGGCCAAUGGGCCUCACCCUUGACCACAGACAUACGGAUGAAGAACCCAGACGUUGGUAUGAGCAAUGUACAAUGAGCCAAAUAAUGACCCAAAUGAUCUUCUCUGGUUAGUCAGGCAUUAAUAACAAUCACACAUACAAUCACAUUCUAGUGGACGGUGAGACUGUAUUCACCGCCGGAGGGUAAGGUGUGUCCAGGUGUGUGUGUGUGUAUCCCUGGAUCCUCUGGGUGAUAGCGGGAUGCUGCGGAGGGGUCUGCUGGCCUGGGUGUCCCGUGUGGGCGUUCUGCUGGUCCUAGUGUGCUGCUCUCUGUCCCUCCUCUAUGUCAUGACCUGCAGCCCCCACUCCGAGGACAACCUGGUGAGCCACGCCCUGCCACGCCCCAGGGUGGGGGUCGGGGUAGGAGGGGCAGUAGGGGGCACGGGAGCAGCUCAGAGCGGACCCACUGGGCGGAAUGGAUACCAAGCCAUGCUUGCAGAGCGCGAGGAGCAACACAAGCUCCACAUCGCUAGUUUAAAGAAACAGAUUGCCCAGCUGAAGGAGGCGCUACAGGAGCGCAGCGAGCAGCUGAAAGGAGUUCAAGACUCCAUGGAGCGGGCGGCAGGGGGAGGCCGGGAUGGCCAGUCCCCAGGAGGAGGUAUCCUCGGGGAGGGAGGCCAAGGGCCAGGAGCCGACAGGAGCCACGCUGACCUUCAGGAGUUCCUCCGCAGUCAGCUGGGCCGUUCGGAGGUCCACCAGGGGACUAGACUACCCAGUGAGUACGCCGUGGUGCCCUUCGAGAGCUUCACCCUGCAGAGGGUGUACCAGCUGGAGAUGGGCCUGACGAGACACCCUGAGGAGAAGCCCGUGAGGAAGGACCGAAGGGACGAGCUGAGUGAAGCGCUGGAGACAGCCCUGCAGAGUCUCAACACCCCCCGCAACGGAGCAGACAAGGGCCACACCACCAAGGUCUACUCACCAUCAGACUUCAUAGAAGGUGAGUCACUAAGCUCCAUACCAGAGCCAAACAUAGUAUGUAUACAGCCAUAUGCUAUGCAUAAAUGUAUGUAAUAUCUUCAUGGUUGAGUGCCUGUUGAACUAUUGGAAUAUUGACAUGGUUUUAAUAAAAAUGGAAUCAAGUUGAACUCUAGAAAAUAAACAAACAGCACAACAAUGCCUCAUUUCCAACACAUUUCAAACAGAGAAACCCUGUUAUUUCUAUGAUUUUGUUGUUUGGUGGCCAUAAUGACGAAUGCUGAGAAUCAGAGCAAAACAACAGAGGAUCCUGCUGCUAGUGCUGAAGAGCCAAAGCCAGGAUAUCCGGCUAGUCUAGCAUGAUUUGGAGCAGGAAAUGAGCACAGCUGCUUUCCAUUCCGUGUGAAGCAUCACUACAAGCUCAGAGAGAGGGGGGCUGUUUCCUUUUAAAGGUUAACAUCUUUACUGGGGCCACGUCUGACUAAUACCUACAGUGGGGAGAACAAGUAUUUGAUACACUGCCGAUUUUGCAGGUUUUCCUACUUACAAAGCAUGUAGAGGUCUGUAAUUUUUAUCGUAGGUAAACUUCAACUGUGAGAGACGGAAUCUAAAACAAAAAUCCAGAAAAUCACAUUGUAUGAUUUUUAAGUAAUUAAUUUACUUUUUAUUGCAUGACAUAAGUAUUUGAUCACCUACCAACCAGUAAGAAUUCCGGCUCUCACAGACCUGUUAGUUUUUCUUUAAGAAGCCCUCCUGUUCUCCACUCAUUACCUGUAUUAACUGCACCUGUUUGAACUCGUUACCUGUAUAAAAGACACCUGUCCACACACUCAAUCAAACAGACUCCAACCUCUCCACAAUGGCCAAGACCAGAGAGCUGUGUAAGGACAUCAGGGAUAAAAUUGUAGACCUGCACAAGGCUGGGAUGGGCUACAGGACAAUAGGCAAGCAGCUUGGUGAGAAGGCAACAACUGUUGGCGCAAUUAUUAGAAAAUGGAAGAAGUUCAAGAUGACGGUCAAUCACCCUCGGUCUGGGGCUCCAUGCAAGAUCUCACCUCGUGGGGCAUCAAUGAUCAUGAGGAAGGUGAGGGAUCAGCCCAGAACUACACGGCAGGACCUGGUCAAUGACCUGAAGAGAGCUGGGACCACAGUCUCAAAGAAAACCAUUAGUAACACACUGCGCCGUCAUGGAUUAAAAUCCUGCAGCGCACACAAGGUUCCCCUGCUCAAGCCAACGCAUGUCCAGGCCCGUCUGAAGUUGGCCAAUGACCAUCUGGAUGAUCAAGGGGAGGAAUGGGAGAAGGUCACGUGGUCUGAUGAGACAAAAAUAGAGCUUUUUGAUCUAAACUCCACUAGCCGUGUUUGGAGGAAGAAGAAGGAUGAGUACAACCCCAAGAACACCAUCCCAACCGUGAAGCAUGGAGGUGGAAACAUCAUUCUUUGGGGAUGCUUUUCUGCAAAGGGGACAGGACGACUGCACCGUAUUGAGGGGAGGAUGGAUGGGGUCAUGUAUCGCGAGAUCUUGGCCAACAACCUCCUUCCGUCAGUAAGAGCAUUGAAGAUGGGUCGUGGCUGGGUCUUCCAGCAUGACAACGACCCGAAACACACAGCCAGUGCAAGUAAGGAGUGGCUCCGUAAGAAGCAUGUCAAGGUCCUGGAGUGGCCUAGCCUGUCUCCAGACCUGAACCCAAUAGAAAAUCUUUGGAGGGAGCUGAAAGUCCGUAUUGCCCAGCGACAGCCCCGAAACCUGAAGGAUCUGGAGAAGGUCUGUAUGGUGGAGUGGGCCAAAAUCCCUGCUGCAGUGUGUGCAAACCUAGUCAAGACCUACAGGAAACUUAUGAUCUCUGUAAUUGCAAACAAAGGUUUCUGUACCAAAUAUUAAGUUCUGCUUUUCUGAUGUAUCAAAUACUUAUGUCAUGCAAUAAAAUGCAAAUUAAUUACUUAAAAAUCAUACAAUGUGAUUAUCUGGAUUUUUAUUUUAGAUUCCGUCUCUCACAGUUGAAGUGUACCUAUGAUAAAAAUUACAGACCUCUACAUGCUUUGUAAGUAGGAAAACCUGCAAAAUCGGCAGUGUAUCAAAUACUUGUUCUCCCCACUGUACGUGUACCUGGGAGAGGGAAAGAGUUUGUUUGUGUGUGUGUGUGUGUGUGUGUGUGUGUGUGUGUGUGUGUGUGUGUGUGUGUGUGUGGCCUUACAGUCGACAUGGGCAUACCGAAAAUAUAGUGAAAACAUCAUGUCAGCCAGGAGUGUUUACGUAGCUCUUCCUUGAAAGACCUGUUCAGGUAUCGCCUCUUAAAAACUCCCAUAGGAAAUAUGCUUCCACCCUGUAGAUAGCCAAUUUGCUAAUUAGUAAUCCAAAAAGUGGUCUGUAGUUGGCUGUGUGUGUAGCCAGUAGCAAACAAACGACUAUUGUUCAACAACAAAGAUGAAAGCGGCAGGUAGCUUAGUGGUUAAGGGCGUAGUGCCAGUAACCGAAAGAUUGCUGGUUCUAAUCCCAGAGCCUACUAGGUGAAAAACCUUGAGCAAGGCACUUAACCCUAAUUGCUCCUGUAAGUCGCUCUGGAUAAGAGCGUCUGCUAAAUGACUAAAAUGUAAAAUGUAAUGUAGGCUAGUUAAUGAACCAUGUAGGCUAGUUAAUGAACCAUGUCGGCUAGUUAAUGAACCAUGUAGGCUAGUUAAUGAACCGUGUAGGCUAGUUAAUUAACCAUGUAGGCUAGUUAAUGAGCCGUGCAGGCUAGUUAAUGAACCGUGUAGGCUAGUUAAUGAACCGUGUAGGCUAGUUAAUGAACUGGCAACUGUCUUUAGCUCAGCAGUUCUACUUCACCUGUCUUUUUAACCUAAUUGUACCAGUGGACAAGUACAUUUUCAUUCACUCAGACAACUUGAAGCUUGUUGAGAUGCUAACGAUUACAAAGGGAGCAUUAUGAGCCCUGCCAAUCCUCAGUUAGCGAGCCAUGACUGAACACAAUAAGUUAAUACUGCCUGUUGGCUGUGCUGAAUGGAGUUUUUCAGGAGCUGCUAUGGGUGGAUUUGCUCAGCUGUCAUACAGAAAGAAUGAGAGCGGGGCAGCGAGACAACAAGGAAUGAAAGAGAGAGAGCGAGAGAUCAAGACAGGGAAAUGAAGGAGAGAGAGAGAGAGAGAGAGAGAGAGAGAGAGAGAGAGAGAGAGAGAGGAUGAGAGUUAGAAAAAAACGAGUGGUAUGCUAUGUGAGUGUGAUAAACAUGUUUAUGUGGUACAGUGCAUGGAGCUAGGCUGUGGAGCCUCAGCCCGCCCUGUCCCCAGAGUGAAGAGACGUGGAGCUAGGCUGUGGAGCCUCAGCCCGCCCUGUCCCCAGAGUGAAGAGACGUGGAGCUAGGCUGUGGAGCCUCAGCCCGCCCUGUCCCCAGAGUGAAGAGACGUGGAGCUAGGCUGUGGAGCCUCAGCCCGCCCUGUCCCCAGAGUGAAGAGACGUGGAGCUAGGCUGUGGAGCCUCAGCCCGCCCUGUCCCCAGAGUGAAGAGACGUGGAGCUAGGCUGUGGAGCCUCAGCCCGCCCUGUCCCCAGAGUGAAGAGACGUGGAGCUAGGCUGUGGAGCCUCAGCCCGCCCUGUCCCCAGAGUGAAGAGACGUGGAGCUAGGCUGUGGAGCCUCAGCCCGCCCUGUCCCCAGAGUGAAGAGACGUGGAGCUAGGCUGUGGAGCCUCAGCCCACCUUGUCCCCAGAGUGAAGAGAAGAGGCUUCUAUUUUAUAAGGAAGUUAGUCUCACCACUAUCAAACUGGGGAUCACCAGCUAUUCCUCUCUGCUUUUGCUGCUUCCUGUGUUUGUAUCGAUGUGGUUUGAGCAGGAGAGUACAGUAGCAUACAGAAUGAGGAUUUUGAUACUUUACUAGAUUAUACUGUUGUGUUGUUGCAUGAUUUCAAAUAUCCUGAGUUUAUUCUUAAAUGAAAAGUAGAAUGUUUGAAAUGGGAGCAAAGGACAGAAUUUUUCUUAGAUAAUUUUAUUUUCAUGAUGAUGAAUCUCACACUUUAGUUUGUAGUUCUCUAGUCCAAUAAUGUCUGUUGAAACUUGUCUUUGGAACGUUUGAUUUUGACUUCAGAAAACAAGACGUUUUGACUGACAGUGUGCAGCUGUGAAGUGGAGACCACAGGGACAACAGAGUCUAAUGUAUUGUUGUUUAGUGAUAUGUCUGGGUACGUCUAACUACUAUGAGAAGGUAUAAUCCAGUGUCAGUAUGAUCUCUAUGCGUGACGGGUCUCCUUCAGCUGUCAUAAUGGCAGAGGGCCCAGGGCACUAGCCAGGAGCAGAGUGGGAUGCGUGGGAUGCUAUCCCCUACAGAGACUUGAACUGCCCUGUCUGUCCUCUCUCCUUUCCCAUGGCCACACAGCCAAGGCUAUCCUUCUCUGUCAGAAAAAGCGUACAAAUCCAGGCAGCAAAGUGGAGAAAUGAUUCUCCUGUUGACAGAUUGUUGACAGUGCAAAUGCAGUAGCGACGGACAGUCUGGCCGAGUUUGAGAGUGUUUGUGUACAAAGCAAGAAAGAUUAUCCCCACUGGACUACUGGACAUCUAUCCCAUUAUAACAUUAUUAUUACAAACAAAUAAACACAUAGGCAAAUAAACUGAAUUGCAGUUCAACUGUGUCUACAUGUAUGUGUAUUUACACUGAGUGGACAAAACAUCUUUCCAUGACAUAGACUGACCAGGUGAAUUCAGGUGAAAGCUAUGAUCCCUUCUUGAUGUCACUUGUUAACUCCAUUUCAAUCAGUGUAGAUGAAGGGGAGGAGACAGGUUAAAGAAGGAUUUUAAAGCCUUGAGACAAUUGAGACAUGGAUUGUGUAUGUGUGCCAUUCAGAGGGUGAAUGGGCAAGACAAAAGAUUGAAGUGCCUUUGAACGGGGUGUGGCAGUAGGUGCGAGGCGCAACGCUGCUGGGUGUUUCGCGCUCAACAGUUUCCCGUGUGUAUCAAGAAUGGUCCACCACCCAAAGGACAUCCAGCCAACUUGACACAACUGUGGGAAGCAUUGGAGUCAACAUUGGCCGGCAUCCCUGUGGAACGCUUUCGACACCUUGUAGAGUCCAUGCCCCGACAAAUUGAGGCUGUUCUGAGGGCAAAAGGGGGUGCAACUCAAUAUUAGGAAGGUGUGUGCAUGCCUUUUCAAGUGUACGUGUGUGACACAUGCCUACACGCAUUCGUGGCCUAAACACACUCCUCUCCCUUCCCCAGGUAUCACUCGGACGGAGAAAGACAAAGGUACUGUGUAUGAGCUCACCUUCAAAGGGGACCAGAGACGUGAGUUCAGGAAGCUGGUUCUGUUCCGUCCCUUCGGGCCGCUGAUGAAGGUGAAGAAUGAGAGGGUGGACACGGCUAACGUCCCCAUCAACAUCAUAGUGCCCCUCUCCCAACGGGCCGACAAGUUCAGACACUUCAUGCACAACUUCAGGUACAGUGAUAGCCACUCAGUUAUUCAUGCAGGUUAUUGGCUCAUUCGCCCCUCUCUCCUUCCUUGCAACUCUUCCCUGGGUUAUUGCUGCAAAUCAGUAGGUGUUCUCAGUCAACCAUACUAAAGAAUAAGGGUCAAACAAGGGUUAAGAAAUAAAAUGCAUGUUCGAUGUCCACUCGUAUUAACUGUGAUGCCAUAA